AUGUCGACCAAUCCUCCCAUCCGAUCUAUUCCAAUUCAACGUCACCAUUCCCCUAAUCACCAUAUCCAGCGGUACCUCGCUUCUGUCCGACCAUACCUGGAAGAACAUGCUCAUCACGGUAAAAGCUAUUUUGCGAGAGUGAUGGGCCUGCAGCAGCAUGAGCAGGCUGACAGGUAUACCGCGCAACAUCAAACGAUGCAUGAUCGACACAGCCAACCAAACAGACACCUCACGCAGAAUUCAGGUGGUGGUGGUGAUGGAGGUAGAGCUACGUAUAUUCAACAGAACGAUGACAAGGAGAACAAUCCCUCUGUACUGCGACAUCUCCCUAUAUCUUCUAACCCAUCAAGAAGGCAAUACGCCUCCUACACAUACCCAGAUGAAGAAGUCAUGACGAGCCGCCAACCAGAUGUCUCACUUCCUGAGUCUUAUAUCCCACCUCUUGCAUCCAGAUCCGACCGAAAGACCUUGAGCACCGCUCCUUUACUAAAGACUGACCACAUUCGUGAAGAGGAUAACGAAGUUGCCCAACGGAAAUUGGCUCGGAAGCUUCGUCGAAGGGAACAAGCAUCUAUAGUCAAGCUUGAAGUUGAACGUGAUUCUUCACCUCCUCCCCGUAGGACCAGUAGACGCAAGCGGCCAGCCGCUCCCGAAGAGACACCUUCUUUGGAGGAGUCUAUAAACCAGAAUGGUGAAAAGCAGAUCAAGAAGAAGCGAAAGGUCUUGCCGGCUUUACAGGCAGCAGAUGACUAUAAACCGAGAAAUGUCCAUUCGAAGACCGAAAGAUUGACCAUGGAUCCUUCGAAGAAACCGGGUUUUCUUCUGAAUGGUAAGGCCUCGAAACCUAUUCAUCUCACCAAACCAAAAGCAAAAGCUAGACGUGAAUCAGUAAAACCCUUCAAUGAAAACGAGUUCCUGCAACUUGAGGUUAGUCAGCAGUACUUCUCGACAAACGAUGCAGACGUUGACAACUUUGUUUGGGAAAAGAACUAUCGACCACGCCAAUCUUUCAAUCCAGUUCAGGUCCAGUCAAAAAGGUACGAUCGCUCUCAACCACACUCUCACCGCCAUGAUCGGCCAACUCAGGCUGCAAGAAGUCAAUUCUCGUAUCGCUCGUUCAGCAGACUACCGCCACCUGGUGUUACCAAUCCAUCAAGCUGGCCGACUGGAUCUAGUGAGAUAUCCAGGAGUAAACGAAACAAGAUGAACCAGCCACCUUCGUCUGUGCGAACUCUGAGUCAAGUAGACAGAGACGACAAAGCAGGACGUGAUAUCAGAGAGGAGAAGAGGAGAAAAGAUAGAGCUAGGGAUGAGCAAGAGUUGAUUGAGAGGCAGCGAGAGGAGGUGGAGAUUCGAGAAAGAAAAGAAUGUCAUAGAGCUGAACUGGAAAGGUUGGGGUUGGAAACGAUUAAAAGGGUGAAAGAAGAAGGACUUAGAAGACAGGAAGCUGAGAGGGUGAGACGAGAGCGAGAAAGGGUCGAGAAGACAAGAAAAGAGCAGGACCAAAGAGUCAGGUGGGAGUACGAGAAUUCUGAGAGGGAUCUGAGAGGGAUUACAGAGAAGAAAAGAUGGAAACUACCACAUGAUCAUCCUCUGCAACAUACCUUGAAGCCUCAAUCUGAAUCUUCACGGAUAUCUCAUCAGUCAUCCAAGCAAACUUCUAAAUCUCAACACCAUCCUUACUUCCCUUACGCUGGUGCAUCAAUCGAUGGUCGACCUCAGAAUGCGCCCAAUCCUUCUCACGGCCUGAAGAUCCCUCAAUCUCAUCAUCAGAUCCCUGUCACAGUAGCAUCGAAACCAGCUAUACCUCCAGCCUCUGAGCCUAUGAAGGCUCACCCUAUCCCAUACGUACCUACUCAAGCACCAAUCACCACUACUGUCAGGCCGUUCGUUCAGCCAAGCACUUCUUCAGAGCCUGGACAAGAAAAUAUACCUCGUCUUCCGGCACGAGCGACAGGUAGCAUGCUACCACCCCCCGUGCCGCUCAAAACUUAUGUUCAACAGCCAUCCCAUCCACCAUCUUCGACUCGGACUUUAUCAGACAUAGCCACCUACUGCCGAACCCACUCUCGGCUUCCUCCACCAACCCCUCAACCACAUGUAUUCGGUCGAGGCGAACUGCCUACGGUACCAAAACAACCUUCUUUCUUAGCUGUAAGUCCGAUCAACAAGUUAAAGGAUGAGAGAGCCGAUGAGUAUGUAAAGCAGCUCCAGCCCAACAAAGAUCAAGUGGUUCACCAUCCUUAUGCAAACCAACAUCGAGGUCCCUCGAACGGAGAUUACAGCGGAUCAGCUCUUACGAGAACUGAGUUCCAAUAUCAUCAUCCUUCACAUACGCCUUUGACGACACCGCGCUCCUACUCCCAUCGUCCCGUCCUCCAGCCCUCGGACAACAAUCAGAUUAGCAGGAAUGUCGGAUUGAGUGCAGGGCUUGGGUUAGCGGCAUGA